AUGACUUCAACAUUAACAGCUACAUUUGACUGCUCAAAUCCUGGUCAGAGCAACUUAAUUGAGUCUACUAAUAUGAUGUUUAAUCUUUCAUGCAUUGAAUGCUAGAAUACUUCACCAGUUUAGCCAGUCCCUAUGACCUGCUGCUUAAGAAUGAUAUGCAAACCCUGUAUAAAGAGAAAAGCAAAAGAGCUACUGACAAUGCCUCUUAAAAUGAAAUAGCAGCUUAUGCAAUUACAAACACAGAAAUCUGGAGGCUAGGCUCCCAAGGAAUUGCUUUAUGAGUGUCCUAAUUGUCCAUAGAUGCAUCCUAUCAAAGAAAUGCUUAGGUGGCCAAUAAAUUAAGUCGUGGAUUCUUAUAUUAAAGAAGUUGUUAAUUCAUCUAGCGGUAAGGAAAAUAAUAGCAAUAUCGACGCUGAAGAGAAAUUACUCGCGAAUGAAUUAGGAGAAGAAGAUUCGCCUUUCAAUAAGUUGAAUUGCGAAAGAUGCGAAAAAAAUAAGGCUAAGUUGGUUUGCUACGAAUGUGGAACACUAGGAUCUGCCCUCUGCGAAUAGUGUUCUUAAUUAAUUCACUAGUCAGGUUCAUUUUAGAAACACAAAGUAAGACCCAUAUUGUUUUUUUUACUAAUUAAAAUUUGCAGGUAGUUCCAAAUGACAAGAAAUAAGCGUAAUUGUAAUCAUAACAAUACUUGCUGGAAGAUGAUAUUAAAUCCAUCAACAGCACUUAUAUCUGCAGAGAUCACGCAAAUGCUGAGUUUGAGAAAUACUGCCUUACUUGCAACUAGCUAAUGUGCAACAAAUGCAUCAAUAGUCAUGUUUAAAAACAUCCAAUAAAAAAUCUUAGGUAAUUUAUCAGAAUUGUAUAAAAUUUUCAGGGAUGCCACUGAGGAAAUAUUAAAUAGUUUUCGUGGGACUUUAGAAAAGAUAAACGUAGAUAGAGGGAAAACAGACUAAAUGAUAAACUAGAUUAAAUAUUAAAUGACGAAAGCUGAAACUGAUGCUCAUAAGACUGAGCAUUUAAUCAGAGCCAAAACUCAGCAGUUAAAAUACCAACUUGAAAUCAAGGAAAAAGAGGCGAUUUCAAAUCUACAUUUACAAAAGCAGAGAAUACUAAAUUAACUUGUUUAGGACAAAAUCGAAAUGGAGGAUUUCAAGUUAAAGGAAUUCUUUCCAAUUAAGAUAUUUGAGAUUCUUGAAGAAAAGGUUUAAUCUAAGGAAUUACCAGUAUUGACAGUAUUAAGCUAGACUAAAUACUUUAAGAAAUUACUAGAGUAAACUUACAAUAUGAGGAAAGAGCAGUCUAAGAGUAGAGAUCAAGAAUAGUAGAUUGCUUUACUUUAGAUCAACACAGAAGUAGUUGAAUAAAAAAUGUAACAGAUCGCAUCAUUUUUAGACCAAUAAUUUGCCUCAAUUAUCAAACAAGAAUAGCCAACUCGACAAAGCUAGCAAUCUCCUAAAUCACAGUAGCAACAAUAGCAAUAGUAAAGUAAUUAAAUUACACAGUCAUUGAUAGUGUAAAACACAUCAAAUUAAAAGCCAAUUAUUGCAAUUGAGACUGAAUAAUUAUUACCUAAAACUAUCCCAGUUCAUCUUCCAGGAAGUGGAAAUAGCCUCAUUGAUAAGAGCCAAAUAGAAGUUUAGAUUAUCAAUCAAAGAGAUUCUAAGGUAGGAGAUAAUAGUAACAGUAGUAACAAUAACAAUAGUAAAGCUAAGGUUCACUAAAUUGAGGUAUUAAGCCAAACAUAGAAUAUACAAAAAAAGACAAUUGUCCUAGGUCAGUAAUCAACAAAUAUGAAUUCCACAUAAUAAAAUGGCAAUAGAUCCCAGGAAGAUAGUAAAUCAUAGUCAAGAUAAACCUACCAAAGUAAAAUUUCUAGUAAGCAGGUAGUUGAAUCCCAAUAAAAUUCAGAUAAGACUUUGAAAUCAAAAACUAAGAGGGAAAAAGAAACAACUCCAAAAAGCUACAGGACAGGGACUAAUAUUGAUGUUGAUAAAUCUGUUGAGGCCUUUUAAGAAAAGCUUUCUCUAAUUCAAGCUCAAAGCAAACAAAACUAGGCUAGCUUGCUUAAAAAGAGGCAAUUUACCAAGACAGAAUGCUCUUCGACUUCUAUCAAACUUUAAUGGGAGCAUUAAAAGGAACAAUAGUUUUCUUUUGGUUCAGUAACUGUCAUAUAUAUUCUAGAAUAUGGCAUUGGAGUUAAAGUAAAUGGAGUUGAGCAAUUUAGGCAAGUAUAUCAGGGAAAAGCGCAUAGAUGCAUAAUUACAGAUUUGAACCCCAGAACUAACUAUAGAAUUAGAGUUGCAGCAGCAGUAGCAUCCCCAGAGAAUCAAAAAGAUAUCUAGGAGAUAGGUGAUUGGUCUGAUGUUAUUCAGGUAUCUACCCUUGACAACCAAAAAAUAAAUAAUUAAACAAUCAAUGAGGAAUCAGUGAGCAGAUUUAACAUGCUGAAUGUGAAUGGAAUAAAUGGAGAUUAAUAGAUUGAUAUGGAAAGUUCUUUUAUAAGUACCUAUUCAUAGACUAAUUUACACUCUCAUAACAAUCGAAUGAAUGCAAAUGAUAGUUUCAUUUUCAACAACCCAGCAUAUAUUCAUGGUGAAUAAGAGUGGACUUUUGGUAAACACUUUUUCCAAGUUGAUUCUAACAUCUUUGAUGGCAAAGCCGAUAUAAGUUUUACUUGCUUCUUAACAGUAGGACUUAUCUGUACAGUAGCAACAAAGAGCAAGUAAGACAAAACCCCUAACAAAAAUACGCCUUAAAUCACUAAGAAAAAGGCUGAAGUUAAAAAGGAAGAUAUCGAAUAAGUUAUUGUGGGUUGCAAGGUUGGUGUCAAGGAUUCAGCUUAUGUGUAAGUGUAUGUAAAUCUAGAGAAGCAUUUACUACUUUGCAUUGCUAAUGGAAAAAUUCAUGAAAAAUUUGAUCUGAGUAAUUACUCAUCGUGUGUACCAGUUAUUAAAUACGAUGGCGAUGCUCAUUUAUAAGGCGUAAAAGUAGUGGCGUCUGCUUCAUUUGACCUUUAAGUGCCAUUUAGCAUUGAAUAAAUAGCCCAAGAAUACAUUCAUGAAACCUAGGUAGCAUAGUAAUAACUCUUAGCCUAAUAGUAAUAAAUUCAACAAUAGCAAUAGAAUAGAUCUUAAUCAAGUAAUAUAGCAUCUGGCAAUGAUAGUAAUUCUUUGCAUAACUAUCUAGUCUCACCUUAAGCUAAUAUAAUGAAUACAAAGAGUAUGAUAAAUGCAGGUAUGGGAUAAGCUAUAAAUAAUGGCCAAAUCAUCGGAACGACUGUGAGUGGAUUAGGCAAUAAUUCUAAGAGAAAUUAACAGAAUCCCUUAAUAUAAAGUAACUAGGGUAAAUACUUAAAUGAUGCUAUCUCACAGUACUAGUAAUAAUAGCAAUUAAUGCAUGUUAGUUAAUCCUCUCAAUCGUCAUCAGGUUCUUAAUAGCAACUUCCCACUUAAAUACAUCAUAUACUUUGA